GGAGUCCGCACACAUUCAGUCAAGCAGUUCCGCUGUCACCGCACACACUUUACCAUGACAGACUCCAAGCUCAGAGUAUUUAAGUUUGUAAAGGUUUUUAUCGGCAGCUUGUUUCUUGCAGUAUUAGUAUUAUUCACUGUAGCAUCCAUCAGGACUCUUUCACUGGACGUGAAUGUCGGACUUAAACUCGCACGCUGGGAAAAAACUAAUAACAUUUCGCUUGUCAUAGACCGACAUCAGAGAGAGGAGCUGCUUGCAAAUUUUAGAGAGGCGAUCAGGAUCCCCACAGUGUCAUUCUCCGAGACGGAGAGCAACACCACAGCGCUGCGUGAAUUUGACAAGCUCCUCCAGAAAGCUUUUCCCACAGUUUUCUCUUCAAACUUGGUUCGUCAUGAGCUGGUGGCUAAUUACAGCCACCUGUUUUGGGUGCAAGGAUCGCAGCCUGACUUGGUGCCUUACAUGCUGCUGGCCCAUAUUGAUGUAGUACCUGCCACAGAGUCGGAUGGGUGGGAUGCCCCACCGUUUUCUGCCAGAGAGAUGGAUGGUUUCAUCUAUGGUAGAGGGACCAUAGAUGACAAGAGCCCUGUAAUGGGAAUACUUCAAGCGUUGGAGUACUUGCUGAUUAAAGGCUACGCUCCACGCAGGGGGUUUUACAUUGGUCUCGGUCAUGAUGAAGAAGUCAGGGGUUACAACGGGGCUACGAACAUUGUGCGGUUGCUGAAGCAGCGUGGUGCCAAGCUGUCAUUUGUCCUGGACGAGGGCCUGGCUGUGCUUGAUGGAGUCAUCAGUGGCCUUGAAGGACCUGCUGCUCUAAUUGGUGUAAGUGAAAAAGGCUCAGCCAAUGUGAAGCUUAGUGUGACUAUGGCGCCUGGUCACUCCUCAAUGCCUCCCAGGGAGUCCAGCAUUGGGAUCUUGGCUGCAGCAGUUAAAAGACUGGAGGAGAACCCCAUGCCGAGGUUGUUUGGUUAUGGGCCUGAACGGGACACCUUUGAGCAUCUGGCCCACAAGUUUAGUCUCCCUCUGAAGUUUGUAAUGUCAAAUUUAUGGCUGUUCUCCCCACUUCUAAGCAGGGUGCUUGAGAGAAAACCAGACACUAAUGCUUUUGUGAGGACAACCACAGCAGUCACUAUGUUUAAUGCAGGUGUUAAGGUAAAUAUCAUUCCUUCCCUCGCUGAAGCUUAUGUGAAUCUUCGAAUCCACUCAGCACAUUCAUUAAAAGAGGUCCUGGAGCUCAUCGAGGCCACAGUAGCGGACCAGCGAGUUAAGAUAGAGCUUAUUGAUGGAUUUGAUCCUCUGCCUGUCAGCUCUUCUGAUGAGAGGUCCUUUGGCUUUCAGAUAAUUAAGAAAACUGUGCUGGACAUGUUUCCACCAGUUACAGUUGCUCCAGGUAUCUGUAUCGGGAACACGGACAGUCGACACUUCAAAGAUCUGACCAAUGACAUUUAUCGCUUUGCUCCUGUCUGGUUUAAACCAGGUGAUGCUCAGAGAUUCCACGGCAUCAAUGAAAGGAUUUCUAUAAAGAACUACGAGGAACUUGUUGUCUUUUACUUUAAUCUUAUUCAAAACUGUGACAUUCAGAAGCUCCCUGAGCCGCACAGCUCUGUCCACGAGCUCUUGUAAAGUGAUGAGAUUUACAUUUGCUUUGAUCUGGUGGCUUUUAAAUAGAAUUGAAUUGAAUCAACUUGAAUUUAUUUGAAAUGGAUUUAAAAACUUGUUAACUGGAUUAAUUUAAACUCUUGCAGAUGAGACCAUGGAUUAAUUUAGUCCUGUAUCAGUAUAUUUCAAAAGCAGUACAUUUGACUACAGACUACAGAAAAGUACUAUUUCUGUGUGGUUUUUGUUGGAAAUUGGUGAUUAAUUUCCAUGAUUAUGUACAUACAUUAAUGACUAAUCGUGGAGGACCAUUAGAGAGGUUAAGGUGUGGAGAUUAAGGAUUUGUGGUACACUACUGUGUCAUGAUUUGACCAAAUUUAAAAAUGGAGCAUUUGAUAUGGAAAUUAUUUUCUGAUUAUACUGUAAAUACUUUGCAGAGAUGGUGCUAUGCACAUUUAAGAUGAUACAAAAAUAUGCUGCUGUCUGUGGAGAUGAUUAAAAAUGUGAAUGUUUCUUAUUGCUGAACAUAUUUAUAUUUUGAAAUAAGCAAUUUAUGACUGGCACAUUAAAACCUAUUCAGGGUUUUACAUGGGAAUUAGCAUACUAUUUAAAAAAAAAUAAAUUGCACUUGCUAACUUUAAACUUUGCCUAAAAUUUAUGAAGAUCCACUGAAAUGACAUUUUCAGUAAUAAAAUGUGCCUGUAUUAAAGACAAAAAUGGAAAAAGUUGCUAUUUUGUCCUUAUUAAAUGGCAGCUGAGUUGGCUUUUCUGAUGUUGAUCAAUGUGAAAAAUCCUUUGAUUCUCAAUGUGUCAGCAAAAUGUCAAUAAAAAGUCUUCUGUCAUUA